AUGCAGGCGAUAUUGUGUUACUACGUGAUCCAGAAUGAAGCUCUGGCCACCAUCCAGAGUGUUCUUCUCGGGAGGCAAACGUGUUCUACCGAUUCGAAUAACAGUGGCCAAUCCACAGUGAAUUUUUUCGACCGGUUGCAGCAAUUUUUGGAUAAGAUCGGUCCGGUGGUAAAUCGUUUACCCCUUCAAAACAUUCAGCUACCAACUGCGGAAAUGCGACCAGCGUUUGAGUCGGAUUUACGGAGCGCUGUUGCCACUGCAAAAUUGUUCUCUGCUGUCAGUGAACAGGAAUUGCAACAGCUGGAGAUGCUUGCCCAGUCAGCUAAGCGUUUCGCCGAAUCCCUUCGGGACAAAACCAUCCCACAGACAGAAGCAUGCAGACAACAGAUCCAACAAGCAAUCAACCUGUUCAGCCAAGAGGCGUCGCUACGAUUGGAAAACAUUCAGCGUCAGUUAUUAGAGUCGUAUCAGCGACGGGAACAAAGCAAUAAUGAGAACAGUUGA